AUGAGUUCACUGAGGUUGAAGGUGUCCGGCAUGAGCUGCGCGAGCUGCGUCGGCCGGGUCGAGAAGGCGCUGCGCAAGCAGCCGGGAGUGUUGUCCGCAGACGUCAAUCUGGCCACCGAGACGGCCAGCGUCGCGCUGCAGGACGGUGCAGAGACCGCGCCGCUGCUGGCCGCGCUGGCCAAGGCCGGCUACCCGGCCACGCUGGACGAGCCGGCCCAGCCGGUGAGGGCACCCUGGGCGCAGACCGGUUGGCCGGUGUUGAUCGGCGUGCUGCUGAGCCUGCCGCUGGUGGCGCCCAUGCUGCUGGGCCACGGGGCGAUGCUGCCCGGGCGAGCAGUACGAACGGGCCGACGUCACCGUGACGCUGGCCGACGGCAGCGCGCUGGCGGCCCAGGUGUACCGCUUCCGCCCCGAGUUCCUGGCGCGCCUGCUGCCCGGCGACUGGGACGUCGACGCCUUCGAGCGCGAGGGCCGGGCGCGUUUCAUCGCCCGCUACACCGGCUUCGACCUGCUCGCGCGGGGCUGACGCGGCGCCGACACCACGCCUGCGGGCGUGGUCAUCUCGCGCCCGGAGGAACAGAAUCGCCGCACCCCGCCCGUCGUGGGGGUGGAGACGUGGAUGGACGAACUGACCGGAAUCGUCGCGCGCGCCGGCUUCCUGCCGCAUGGCUACUGCUUCCAGUGGUCGCCGGGGCUGCUGUGGACGAUGGUGGGGUCCGACCUCGCCAUCGCGCUGGCCUACUUCUCGCUGCCGCUGGUCAUCGCGAACUACGCGCGCCAGCGUCCACAGGUCAACCUCGGCAGCCUGGCGACGCUGUUCGCCGUCUUCAUCUUCGCCUGCGGCCUCACGCACGUGCUGGACGUGUGGACGAUCUGGCGCCCCGACUACGAGCUGCAGACGGCGGGCAAGUUCAUCACCGCCUGCGCGUCGGUGCUGACGGCCAUCGCCGCCUGGCGGCUCAGCCCCAAGCUGCUGACCCUGCCGUCCGUCGACGAGAUGCGCGUCGCCAACGAGGCGCUGCGCCGCGAGAUGGACCGCCGCCACAGCGCGGAGGACCACCUGCUCGAAACCGAGCAGGGCCUGGCCGCCACGCUGUCGGCCAUCGACGCCGGCUACAUCACGACCGACGGCGAGAGCCGCGUCACGCGCAUCAAUGCGGUGGCCGAGCGCAUCACCGGCUGGCUGGCCGCCGACGCGCUGGGCCGCCCGGUCUGGGAAGUGUUUGCGUGCGAAGACACGACGACGGGCCUGGCCGGGCGCAACCUCAUCACGGCGGUGCGCGACGGGCGGCUGCAGUGCCGGACGGCCUGCGUCGCCCGCGACGGCGCCGUGCGGCCCGUCGA